GUUGGGUGGGCUCUGCGGUCUGAGGCACCUGCACCGCCCCCUGACUGCCCUCCCCUGCUUCCUCCCAGCAGCGUACACAGCACAGCGACACUUCAGAGGCUGCAGGCCCUGGUCAGGACGAGGAGCAGGAGAUCUUUGUUAUAAGAGGGAUCACCGGAAGCAUCUGACUACUUCUCCAUCUUGGCCCUGCCUCCAUAUAUGAUAUUUUCAUUUCUUGAGAUGGGAAAGAGAUUGGUGCAGUUUGAAGAACUUGACAAUCAAUAUGGCUAGUGUGAUGUGAGAAAGGAGAAGUGAAUGAAGGGUCUUUGAGUUUGUCCCAAGGUCCCUGACAAACCAGUGAAAUCAUUUGCCACUGCUCAGAAAUCCCUGUAUAUCUUUACAUCAAGUCACUUUCUCUUGCCCCUCCUCCAGCUGAUGACCGGCUGCAAUUUACAUCAAAUAAUGUCAUUUUAGAGGGGCCAUUUGCAUCAAAUAUAGUCAUUUUAGAGGAGCCAAAAUAGAAGACGUUCGCUAUAUUGAAUAAUUGCCAGUUCAAUUCUAAGGCCUGCAUAACAGUAACAAUGGGAUUAAAACAACAUACAUUGUUUUUAGAGAAAAUGACACAGUUUAUUUUGCGUGAAAUACCCAAAGCUCGGUAUUCCAGUUUAUUAAAUGAUUUUGUUGAAUCUAAUUAUUUUGUGAUUGAUGGGGAUUCGUUGCUUGUUACAUGCCUGUGUGACAAAUCGUUCAAGCAGGGGCAGGAUCUGCACUUCUUCUAUCUGGUUGAAUGCUAUCUUGUGGAUCUUAUGAGUAACGGAGCACAGUUUGCCGUAGUUUUCUUCAAGGAUGCUGAAUGUGCCUAUUUUCCUUUUCCUGAACUUCUUCCACUGAGAACGGCUUUAAUUCUCCACCUUCAACGCAAUACUAACCUUGAUGUACAGACGGAGAUUUCUGGAUGCUUAUCCCUGGAGUGGGGACUUUUCUUGGAAGAGCGUCACCCAUACUUCUUGAUAGUUUCAGACGAAGGCCUGAAUGAUCUACAGACGCACCUUUUUAACUUUUUGAUUAUACACUCCUGGGGAAUGGGGGUCCAUGUUGUGCUUUCAUCAGGGCAGGAAUCUGAUAGUCUCAGAUUUUACGCAUAUGUUAUGCAGAGCAAGCAGAGAAACCAAAAGUUUUCUAAGGAGAAUCAAGAGAUGAUUCAGAGUGCUUAUAAAAGCCUGAUACAAUGCUUGGAAGAAAACAAAAUGGUGGCAUUAACACCUCACUUUGGACAUUUAAGUUGGGACGAUAUGGUGGAAGAGGCAUGUAAGACUUUGUCUCUGCUUAAGCAACUCUGGCCACAAGGGUCUGAUAUCCGGAGUGUUCUCUGUGUUACUUUAUGUUCAUUGUCCUUGAGAAUGUACCAUUGCUUCUUAGAAAACAAAAAGAAUACGGCCUCUGGUCAGGAAACUGACGUUCAUCAGGUGGACAGUAAUUGCUCAGGUCUGCAGGAGGUGGAAGAUUUGUGUAGACUACAUUGUCUCAGCGUGGCUCUUCUACUCUGCUUCCCUCUAUCUCAGAGAGCUCGGACUCGAAUCAUCACUUCCCACUGGAUUAAGAAUAUUCAUACUUUCUUAAAAAUGAAAAAAUGGUGUGAAUACUUUAUUCUAAGAAAUAUAAACAAUUUUGGAUCUUGGAAUCUGAAUCUAAAUCAUCUUUCUGACCUAAACGAUGAGAACUUGUUAAAGAAUAUUGCCUUUUUCUAUGAAAUUGAAAAUGUUCAAGAGUUACAUAUGAAUUUGGGAGAUUUGAUUAAGAAGGAUUAUGAACACCUGUGGAAUUCUGUGUGCCACCUGGUUAAAGAAUUUGAUGUUGGAAAACCUUUUCCUUUGAGAACAACAACAGGAUAUUUUCUUGGAAGGGCACUGUCACCAGUUCGAGAAACCUCCUUGGAAAACAUGCCUAAUUUGGGUUUUAUUCCAAUGACAUCCGCUGUAAUUGAUGCAUUUGUUGGAGACAUGCUGAAGGAUUUGCCUAUUCUAAAGAGUGAUGAUCCAGUUGUUACUUCACUAGUUAAACGGAAGAAAUCUGUUGUACUUUUUCAAUGGCAUGCUCACAAGCUCCUUAGUGAUGACUAUGACAGGACCAAGUGUCAGUUUGAUGAAAAAUCUAGAGACCAUCAUGAUGUUAAUCUCCUGCAGAAGGAUAGGACUUUUCAGCAAUUUUAUGGGAAAUCAUUAGAACCUGUCUUUAGAAAAUUCAUUGUAACUCAAAGUGCCCACCCAGAGGAAGAGUCCAGUGGAGGGAAAAUAUCACAGGAUACCAAACCCAAAAAACAUACCAAAAAGCAAACCAGGAGGCCACUUUGCCAAAAACAGGAAGAAGAGGACCAACGGGAUGAUCUAAUAUCUUCUGUUGAAAAAGAGAUGAGAGAGAAUUUAAAAUCUGGAAUUAAGAAGUUGGAAGAUUGUUUGAUGUCAUGUUCAAGGGGUCCGGUGAAAUUUGCACUUGAAAUGGUGGGGCUAACUGUCUGCUUUGAAACAUGGAAAGAACACUGCCGAAGUGAAGGCAAGAUUUCGAAAGAUCUAAGUAUAGCUGUCCAUAUGAUGGAAAGGAUCCAUUCGCUCCUGCACAGAUACCCAGAAUUUUUAUUAGAGCAAGAUUAUCAAUUUAUAGCCAAAUGCCUUAAAUAUUUAGGUUUUAAUGAUGUGGCAAAGUCUUUAGAUCCAACCCUGCAGAUGACACAUCAUAAGAAGAAAUACUCAGUUGACAUUGAACCAGCUAGGUUUCAACUACAAUACCUGGGCCAUUGCUUGAUACGAGAUGAGAGAGAAGAUCCAGAUCCCAGGGUCCAGGAUUUUAGUCCAGAUACGUGGCAGCGAGAGCUCCUGGAUGUUGUGGAUAAUAACGAGUCAGCAGUGAUUGUUGCCCCAACGUCCUCAGGCAAAACCUUUGCUUCCUACUACUGCAUGGAGAAAGUGCUGAAGGAGAGCGACGAAGGGGUCCUUGUUUAUGUUGCACCCACAAAGACCCUUGUUAGUCAAGUGGCAGCAACUGUGCAGAACCGUUUUACUAAAAUGUUGCCAAAUGAUACAGCUUUAUGUGGUGUUUACACACCGGAUUACCGUUGUGAUGCACUAAACUGCCAGGUACUUGUAACGGUGCCUGCAUGUUUUGAAAUUCUGCUGCUCUCUCCUCAUCGUCAAUAUUGGGUGGAAAGGAUCAGAUAUGUUAUAUUUGAUGAGGUCCAUUGUCUUGGUGGAGAAAUUGAAGGAAAAUAUUGGGAGCACCUCCUUGUCAUGAUUCGAUGUCCAUUUCUGGUUCUUUCAGCUACCAUAAGCAACCCUGAACGUUUCACUGAGUGGCUAAAAUCAGUAAAACAGUACUGGAAACAGGCAGACAAGAUGAUGGAAGAAGAAUUUAUUUCUGGAAAAAAGGGUGGCCGACGUUCCAACUCUCUCGAAGAUAAUUUGCAUACAAAUCAAUCAUAUGAAGUUAGACUUGUGAUCUAUGGAGAGAGAUACAAUGAUUUGGAAAAGCAUAUAUGUUCAGUAAAACAUGACGAUGUCUGUUUUGAUCAUUAUCAUCCAUACGCUGCACUGACAACAGAUUAUAUUGAAAAAUAUGGAUUUCCUUGUGAUCUUACCUUAUCACCUCGAGAAAGCAUCCAACUUUAUGACACCAUGGCUGAAGUCUGGAAAACUUGGCCCAGGGCUCAGGAAUUGGAUCCAGAGGAGUUCAGUCUUUUUAAGAAUAAAGCAUUGAUUAAAAAGUAUGAUGCUAGAAAAUAUGAAGAAAACCUCAAGGCAGAAUUAACUAGCUGGGUUAAAAAUGGCAAUGUAAAGAAGGCCAAAAGCGUACUGGAGAAGCUCAGCCCUAAAUCAGUGUCUAGUUCAAAAGAUAUGGUAAAAAUAUUUCCCCUUCUUGUUGAAAAGCUAAGAAUAAUGAAUAAGUUACCGGCAAUAUUUUUUGGUUUUAGGAAUGGAGAUUUGGAAGAAAUUGCUAGAAGUUUGUGCACUUUUCUGGAGGAGAAGCCAGAGAGCAAAAGCCCCCCCAAAACUGACCAGUGUCAUAGCUAUGACAAUGACAUAGCUAAAUGCCUUAAAAACAAGGAAAAAAUUAUGAAGAAACAAAAAACAAUGGAUAAAAAUGAUCAGUUAAAGGCCAGAAAAUUCGAAAUAAAGCUAGCAUAUACAGUUGAACAUCUUCAUUUCCUGGAGGAUCUGAAGAAGAUUCAGGAAAUCCCCCAGGACCGCACAUACGCUGAUGUGAACGCGCUGGACACCAAGUCUCUGCGAGCAGCGUUUGAACGAGUAGAACCAACGAGAAAAUCUAAAACGUUGAAGGCUUUGGCACAAAGGGGUAUUGGAUUUCAUCACAAUUCCAUGUAUUUUAAAGAAAGAGAGUUUGUGGAGAUACUCUUUGCAAAAGGGUUUAUCAAGGUAGUGACAGCUACUGGAACUCUUGCCUUAGGAAUCCACAUGCCAUGUAAAUCUGUUGUUUUUGUUCAAGACUCAGUCUACCUGGAUGCUUUAAAUUACAGACAGAUGGCUGGACGUGCUGGAAGACGAGGUCAAGACAAGCUGGGAGACGUUUAUUUCUUUGAUAUUCCGCUGCCCAAAAUAGAAAGGCUCAUUACAUCCAGUGUUCCUGAGCUAAGAGGACAGUUCCCUCUCAGCAUAACCCUGGUCCUGAGACUCAUGCUGUUGGCUUCCAAGAAACAUGAUUCCAAAGCAGAGGUGCUGUCAAUGCUGAAGCAUUCACUGCUUUUCUACAAGCGACCCAGAGCCAUGGAGAUGUUGAAAGUCUACUUCUUAUUUUCUUUGCAAUUCCUGGUGAAAGAGGGCUAUUUAGAUCAAAACGGUAAACCGAUGAGGUUUGCAGGACUCGUAUCAUGUUUGCGUGGCCAUGAACCUUCUAAUUUUGUCUUCGUCAGUUUUCUUGAGAGAGGUCUUUUCCAUAACCUCUGUCAGCCAUCCAGGAAAGGAUUUCCUCAGCAUGUGAUGGAGAAUUUAAUGUUAGUAUUGGCCAAUUUGUUUGGAAGAAAAUAUAUUCCAGCAAAAUCCCAAAAUGCUAAUUCCACGUUUUUUCAACCAAAGGUGUUCCUUGAUGAACUUCCAGAGGAGUUUAAAGCUGCUUUGCAGGAGUAUAAUUUGAACGUGGCAAAGGACUUUGCUUCCUUCCUGCUGAUUUCUUCCAAGCUGGUGAACAUGACAAAGGAAUAUCAACUCCCCUUGUCAAGAAUCAAAUUCACAGGUAACAGAUAUGAAGGCUCCCAACUCGUGUCUCACUUGAUGAACUCCAAGAAAGGGAGAGUGGCCAUUUCACCAUUUGCUUGUCUCUCUGGGAAUACAGAUGCUGAUUUGCUUCGGCCAGAGAUUGUCAACUGUGUCAUUCUGCGGACAAUCGGUAUCAAGACCAAGCAGGCUCCUGUGCUGUGGUCACAAAAAAUUGAUAACCGAGGAAGAAGAAUGCCACUUAGUGCUUAUGCACUUGAUUUCUAUAAGCAUGGUUCCUUGACAGAAUUAACACGAGACAAUGGGAUGUCUACUGGAGAAGUUUUAAGACUUUUAAAAGAUUUUGCAUCCUACAUCCGAACUAUCAGUCUUUCCUUGAGUGAACUAUGUGAAAAUAAGAAUGACAACGUUGUCUUGGCAUUUAAAGAACUGAGAAAAAUCUUCUGUGAAAAACUUGAAAAAGUCCAAAACUGAAAUGCAUCCAAAUCACUUGGACUAUUGCUUCAAGAGUGUUUCAAGCCCAACUAUGUGGUUUUCAGCCCUUUGCCAGAAACAUAUUUGAGCCGAUGCAGUGAAAUGGAAAGAGGAAUUGUCAUGGAGUCAAAUAGAAUUGGACUCAGAUAUUAACUCUUCUCUUCCUUAGCUGGAUAACCUUAGUUUCCUUUUGGUAAAGUGAGAGUGGAAAUGCAUAUCUCCAGUUGUUUUAAGGAUUAAGUGAAGUAAUACAUGAAAAGGCACUGGAAGAAGCAUUGACUCCAUUUUUUUUUUUUGUGUGUGUGUAGCUAAAAUUAGGUGCAUAGCAGAAUUUUAAUUUCACACUGUCAAGUUUUUGAGUAUGUUCCUAACCUGUUGAUUUUUCUAUCAGUGAUCCAUAAAUCAAAAAGGACCAAGUUAAUUUCAAGCAAUCAAUUAUGUAAAAAGAACUUCUGAGACUACAAGACAACCACAUAGAAGAGUUUAUAAACCACUCUCCUGAUGAUAGAAGUACAUGUUGAUUCAGCCUUUUUUUUUUUUUUGAGUAGCUAUGAUAGAUUUUGAGUCUCUCACACUUUGUUUUUCCCAAAUAAUCAAUGGUACACUUUUCUACUUACUGGCAGUGAUUAAGAAUGAUGUAUGUGACUGAGGAGUCCCCUGGGUGGUAAAGUUAAUGCACUCAGCUGCUAACUGAAAGGUUGUAGGUUCGAGUUCACCCAGAAGCACCUUGGAAAAAAGGCUUAGUGACCUACUUCGGGAAAAUCAACCACCGAAAACUCUGUGGAGCACAGUUCUACUCUGACACACAUAGGGUCACCGUGAGCGAGAAUCAACUUGACAGCAACUUCUUUAUGUGACUGAAGAAAAAAUAAUCACUCUGUGAAGCUGAGACAAAUAUUACAUUUAGGGAAUUUUCUUUCCCAGGGUCAUGCUUAAACCUCCCCCACCCAAAAGAAAAAAAAAAAAGAACAAAAACCCACCACAACAGAAAUAGAUAAGCACUUAAGGACAAUUAAGGCUGUAAAAAUGAGUAGAGUACUCUAAGGAUAGCAAAAAAAAAAAAAAAAAAAAUCUUCUUU